GUGGUGGAUGAGAUCGGAGAGAGGUGAGUUGGAAAGUGAGCUGUCAUGGGUGCACGGGACAGAGAAGUGCGGUGAUCAGAUUGGGGAGGUCAGCUGAGGAUCAGAUUUAGUAAGAUCAGUUUAUCAUGUCCAGCACAGAGGAGAAGUUCUCACUGCGAGAGGUCCUGGUCAGCUUCAAAUCCUGCUUAGUGGAUGAUGAUCAAGACGUCCUAUUAGAACAUUAUCUGAAUGGAUGGAAGGGAUUGGUGAGGUUUAUGAACAGUCUGGGAACUGUGUUUUCAUUUGUCUCCAAAGAUGCUGUAAGCAAAAUCCAGAUAAUGGAAAACUAUCUGGGCGGGGAACACAGAGAACGUUACCGCACCCUCCAGUCCAUGGUGGAAUAUGAGCUCAGCUCUAACCUGGUGGAUCUAAAUAAACGCGGCAGUCACCCAGAAUCAGGCUGCCGCACAAUCCUGCGACUGCACCGGGCCUUGCGCUGGCUCCAACUCUUUUUGGAGAAGCUAAGAACCAGCACGGAAGACAGCAAGACCUCCACCCUGUGCGCAGAGGCCUACAAUGACUCUUUGGCCAACCAUCACCCUUGGCUUAUACGUAAAACCGCAAAUGUAGCCUUCUUGGUCCUUCCAAAUCGGAACACAUUCUUCGAGGUAUUGAAUGUUGGGACUUCAGAAGAGGUGGUGGACAUGCUUGGAGAAGCUAUGCCAUACGUCUCUAAUGUCUAUGACUUUACUCAGGAACUCUACUCCCAGCAUAACCUCCUUGAGUUACCAUGAGUGAUAAUGAGGUUCUACCCACGUGUCCUGAAUAUUAGUUAUUUAUAAGUUAUUCUACCCUUGGUUUUAAAUGGUGAAGGCUGAAAAUGCACUUCCAUGUAUAGCGACUUUGUGAAUUUGCUGUCACAUUCCGGGCAUUACUGUAUACAGUGUACAGCCCCAACUCCAGUAAGCUUGUAUAUUUUAAAUGACCAUGUUACAGCCCAAAGUAAAUAUUUUUUAAAGUUUGUCUAAAACAGAACCCCUUGUUAGUACUCCCAGGAACAUGAUUUUUUUUUUAAAAGUGGUUUUACCUACAGAUAAGCCUAGAUUAGGGCUUACCUGUAGGUGCUGGAAAUAUCUCCUAAACCUCCACGGUUUAGGAGACGUUUACAACAGAGACGUUUACAACAGAGACGUGCGCCAAUGUCUACAGCGCAUGUACCGUAGACAACAGCGCACUUUACAAACGGCGAUCGUGCCGUUUCUUAAAGAGGUCAUGCCGAUACCCGGAAGUAACUCCAGGACGACAUGUCGCUGGCCGGUGCUGUGUCAGGCACUGCAGCGGGGCCUUCAAUCCCAGGUGAGUAUUACAUAAUGAACUACCCCCAAUCUGCAUUUUUGGUACUUUGUGCCCAUGUGACCUCUGGGCUGAGAAAUGUUAUAUGGGGUAGCCUAGCCAUAUGCAAAUAUUGACUUUUUCAAACAUCAGAUUUUGCAUUUGUUCGUUAAGCUAAGUACACAUAAUCAAAAUACCGUACAAAAAAUACCUCUUUCAAAGUGAUCGUACGAUAAUCUGAUCGUUAGUACACCGCUUUCAUGCCAAAUUAUCGGAAGGGACAAACACAAACAUUUUUCUCAUACUAAUUUAGCUUUAUCAGUAUAGUUUUUGUCCAGAAAUACGAUACAGUACCUUACGUCACUUUCAAAUUUCCAUUCUGUUGUAAGAGAAUUCUCGUACUUUAGUAACCUAUUCGUUUUUGAUAUGGAAACCUAGCAUGCAAUAAAAAUAAAUAAAGGGACAA